AAAACUGGAACUCAGCAAGGCCACACUGUGUCGACGUGCAUUCUGGGAGGUGAUCAUGGAAGUUCAGUCUGUUCUCCUAUUACUGAACAUCCUGGUUCAGUGUACGUCUUCCAAUGUCAUAGUGUACCCUUCUCCUCACGGGAUCCAGCCGUCAGACAAGUUCCACGUAUCCAUCUCUCAAAAUGGACACCACCACAAUUUGUUUGUCUACAUCAGCAAAUCAGACCACCGGCAUACGCAGUUCCCUAGAGCAGAAUCUGGAAGAAGUAUGUCUUGGGCGUCCUUUGCCUUCACCGGCGCUCCCGUCACGGUCGAGGUCCACGCCCCUAAAGACUUCCACAACUGUGUCAUCAAACCUACCAGCUACGAUUACAAAUGUAAGAGAACGGGACCCAAAACAGCCACAUUCAUCGUCACCCACAACACACGUAUGAUGUCUGUAGAGUUUGAUUACGACUACGGUCUGGGUGCGUCCGACAUCGUCGACAAACUCUUUGUCUUCGCUGACCCACCUGAAGCAAAGGUCCCUUCACCGCAAGAUAAAAAUGUCCUGUACUACGGCCCGGGGAUCCAUGACCUUCAUAAGGAAAUAGUAGUUGAUGAGGACGUAAGGGAGGUAUAUAUCGCUCCGGGAGCUUACAUCAAAGGGGGCUUUCAGCUACCCCAUGGGCGAGUGAAAUUUCACGGUCGAGGUAUCAUCUCCAACGAAAAUUUUGUUCGGCAUGAUGCCAGGAUUGGCGAAGCUGCUGUCGAUUUCCAACGAUCAUCUCACAAUACAUUCGAUGGCGUGACGAUAGUUGACCCGAGUCAGUUCUACUACAUGAGCAACGGUGACGACAACGUUGUCCGUAAUGCUCGCCUUGUUGCGGCGUGGAUGUACAACUCAGACGGAAUCGGAAUUGGAGACCGUGGAUUGGUGGAGGACAGCUUCAUAAUAGCUGAUGAUGCUAACAUUAAGAUACACAAGAGUCACAUGACUGUGAGACGGUGCGUACUGUGGCAGAUGCAGAACGGCGGUGUCUUCCAGACAGGGUGGGAGACAGCAUACGUGCGUAACGUCAGCAUCAGCGACAUGGACGUGAUCCACGUGGACUACUGCAAGUUCAAAGGUCCGUGCACUCACUUCAGUUCGAAUGAUGCUGUACUGGACACAUUUGGUAACACACGCCAUUUUGACAUCAGUGACAUGCGCUUUGAAGACAUUCGAAUUGAGGGAUCAUGUCCCAGGAUUGUCAAUUUCGUUAUGGAUCCUGCGGCGAAGGGGACCAUCUCAAACAUAAAGGUGAUCAAUAUGUCUGUGGAAUCUCAGCCAACGAAUGACCCCAUUCAUAAUGCAAUUGCUGGAACGUCCAUUGGGGGACGUAUAACGAAUUGGCAGUUUGUAAACUUGAAGAUAGGCGGUCACUGUAUUAGUAAUCCAAGUCAAGGCGACUUCCGUGUUGAUCUUCAUACAACCAAGGACAUAAUCUUCUCUUGCCAUCAGGAUCCAAUAAUUGGAUAACAAAUGCCAGUCGCAAUUGUUGUGUAAUGUGUGUGUCAAGCAAUUUGUUUUAUUAAAUAAACUAAAUGUAGUAAA